GUACUAUAAAUCCAAUUAUUAUAUCCAUGGAUAAUGCUGUAGAAGAGUUGAAUGAAAGUAUUCUACAAAUUAGAUCCAAAGCCUCAGGUGUGGCUAUUGGAAAAAUGUUAGUAAAUCCAACUCUUUAUUCUUUAGGAGUACUCUUGACAAUUUGAAAAGUCAAAGGUGCUUAAACUCUUUAUAUUUCAGUAAUAGUUGAUCCUCCUAUAACCUAUAAAACUCACUCAUUAAUUAAGUGUUACUACAGGUUUAGCGUAUUAGAGGGAUAAAAGAAAAAUUUUAGGAGUUCAAUACCAUAUUGUUGCUUCAUAUUCAGUCAGAAUUGAAGCUUCAUUAAUCUAAUUUAAAAAAGAUUAUUCAAAAUCCGCAAC